AAAGUUCAAAAUGUAGUCAAACUAAAUACUAAUCGCAAACAAAUCAUAUUUAUAUCAAUAUUACAGUAGAUUUUUGCUAGUUUUGUAACAAAUCAAUCAUUUAGUAGUUAUCUUCAAAAUUUUACUCAUUUAUAGUUUGCAUUUAAAAUCUUAUACUUAAAAAUACUUGAGAACCUCAUAGACAUCGAAUGAUCGAAAAUUUGGUGACUUCUGUGAAAAUGAUUGUCAAGUUUGGACUGUUAGCUGUUUUAGCUAUUUAUUUGUCUUUUUCUGGAACCGCUUUAAGUCAAAGUAAUGAAUUGCCCGUCAAAUCCAAUCGAUUUGAGCUCAAGUCUGAGUGUUUACGAGAACUGAAUACACAAAUAAACUCAGAAUUGUUUGCGAGUUUGGUUUACAUGAAUAUGGGGGCUUAUUUCGAUAACAACAAAGUGGCCCGAAAAGGGUUCGCCAAGUUUUUUGCCGACCAGUCCCGCGAGGAAAAGGACCAUGCUCAUAAAUUAAUGGAUUAUAUCAAUAAAAGAGGUGGUAUUGUCAACACUUUAGAUGUCAAGAUGCCAGUGAAGAGCACGUGGAACAGUCCUAAACAAGCACUUGAAGAUGCAAUUCAAUUAGAAAAUGAUGUCAACGAUUAUAUUCAUAAAAUCCAUGGAAUCGCUGAACAUACUUGUCUUGAUCCGCACCUUAUGGACUUCAUUGAAAGCGAGUAUUUAGAGGAACAGAUGACUUCAAUCAAUCAAUUGACAAGAAUUCAUACAAUACUAAGUCAAAUGCAAAACGGUGUCGGAGAGUAUCUGCUCGAUAGACAACUUCUUAAGGGUGAUGUCAAACUCGAUGAACUUUAAAUGCUUCAAUCAAAAUGAAAAUUGAAAACACUAUUUCAACUUUUGUAACAAAAUAUAUAACAUAACUUUAUUUUAAAAUUAUAUAAAAGUGAUUAACAAUUUGUAGAUAAAUAUUAAUUAUUAGAAUAAAAUUAAUUCAU